AUGGCUACACGAAACUAUUUCGAUCGUACAUUACCAAGAAAUAGCUUGGGCGGAUUUUAUACAUCAGCAUCGUUAAUUGACAACCGGGGUGCAUAUUCAUUACCGUCCAGAAGAUUUGGACAGCAUUACCUACACGACACGAACCUCUAUAGUAGGGGCAAGGUCUUUUCUUCUUCUUCUUCGUCUUCGUUCUCUGCUACUCAACAACCACCUCAGUCUUCCGUACCUGCAGAUUCCUAUUCAGGACACGUUCGUGAACGUAGUGUAUCCCUAACACGAUCACCCUCAUUCUCUCAAAUGUCUUCACCACAUUAUCAAUCAUCUCUGGACCUUGUUGCCGCAUCACUUAAAUGUGACGAUUGUCGAACCAAUGAUGGUCUUUUUCAAUGUUGCCAUUGUGACCAACGUUUAUGCAUUCAAUGCUGUAACAAACAUUACAAAAACAUCACUGUUGAACUCGAACGUCUACAUGAGUUAAGUGACCGACUGGUCGCUAAAAUCUUAGAUGCAAAAAACGAUCUUGAACGACAGAAGAACGAAGCACUUGAACAAUGUCAUAAAUGGCGUGUAGAUACCAUUAAUACCAUUAACAAAGCGCAUACACUGAUUGUUCAAACUGUUCAUGAUGAAUACGAAACCCUGGGAAAAGAAUACGAAUCUUUUGUCCAACAAGGUAUGGCGCAUAUUCACGUCGAUCAAAACGAAUUGAUGCGGAUGAAGAAAAGUAAUUUAGGCUCAUUAUUAUCAACAGCAACCAGUUCGUCGACAAACGAUUCGACGAAUGCAAUCGAUACAAUACGAAAACGCAUUGAAACAUUUGCGAAGACAGUUGAUGAAACAGGACGGUUUUCUUUCCAAGUGAGAUUACCGACAUUCUAUAUCGAUGAUAGUCUACGAGUUGACUCACGUUUUGGUGAUGUGACACGAAGUACAAGUGCAACAUGGAAGAACGACGAUAAUUUACCAACUUCACCAUCGACUGAACGUUUAGAUUUCUCUAAGUUGGAAGAAUCAAUCAUUCCUAACGAUAUCAUAGCAGAAAAAGUUGAUAAAUCUAACAAAUCGUUCGAUAACAAACAACACAAAACAUCUGAUGUACAGUCCUCACAUUCCACCGAAGAGACGCAUGAAGAAGAAAAGAAACCAUCUGGAAACACUCAAUCAAACGACGCGGAAAUACUUGUGACAGAUGAGAAAUCCGAUCUCAUACCAACCUCGAAUCCACAAAUUAUCGAAAUUUCGGAUAGAGCUGAUAUGCAAGAAUCCGAUGGCGACGAACAACCAACGAAACCGUGCUCUCUAUCUUCUUCCUCGGAAAAAGUUGAAUUAGACGAUAAUGAUGACGCAUCACGUCAAUCAUCACGUUAUGCACUUUCUGUUGAAAAUAAUCCUGAACUUCAACAACAACAAUUCUAUUCACCGACAUCUCGCAGCGAAAAUCUAAACAACUCAACUGGAACAACUUCAUCAUCACCAAACCGUACAUCGCCCACUUCUUUAGAUCGCACCUUAACAGUCGCACUUCACGAUCCAUCAUUUCGAAAACGCUCCUGUCCUAUCAACAACGGCUCGGGUGCGUUUCACAACCAUCGUCAUCAAACCUAUUCAUUUCCGCGUGCUCCAUCACCAAGUUUUCCAGCAAAUGACAAUGAAGAUGCUUUUCGUAGUAUAUCCUACGUUCAAUUAAAACGUGAACAAGAUGGUUCACUCGAAGGUAUUGCUAUUCAAAUCGAACAAAGUCAUCAAACGAAUGGUAAAAUUCAACGACGUCGCACAUGUAUGGAGUCAUGUGGUGUACGACGACGUGCAACAAUUUUACCACCUCGUUGCCCAUCAUCAACUCGCGAUCGGUCAUCAAAUGACCAACCCGGACUUUGUUAUCGAACCAAUUCCACUCCAGCUUCACUUAACUAA